AUGUGCAUUAUUCUCAAAAUUCGCGCGCAUGCUAUCAAUAAUAAUAAUAAUAGAGUAUGGAUAGAAAAUGCCGCAGGAUUCCGCAUAGGCGGAGAUGGUUCUAACGAUUACAGAGAUUGUAUUGAUGGUUAUGAGUUAAUAGAUAAUAUAAAUGAAAAGUAUUGGGUUCAUGCGAAAGUUGAAGGAAGCUCAAGAAAGUCAAAAUUUCGUGGUCCCUAUGAGACGGAUUCAUGUUUUAGGCUUGGUGGAUCUGUUUUUAAAUUUUCGUUAAAUGAAAGAGAUUUGUUAUUUUGUCAAGGAAUUUAG